AGUGACCGCCGAACGUCAGGUAGUCACAUAAACGAACCAUUACUCAAUCCCCGGGUAGUGUCUGUCACUCGACUCAUCUAUACUCCCAUCUCCGUUCGUCCCGUUUUAAAUCAUGUUAUUAUCCGCCUCUUUCACAAAUUUGCGUCUGUUGAGGUUGAUGGUGAAGCCUUUAUGACACCUCGUGAUUUCAUCGAUUGCGUAACCGGUUCUAGACCACCCGUUUGUAUUAAACGCCAUGUAAUUGAUAAUUGCACAGCUGAAAAGCUUCUGGCCAAGACGCCUCAUGUUUCUUCAAGUUGUAGUGCCUUGUUUCACACCCUUGAUAGAAGUGGGCUCAUUUCUUUUUCUGAAUAUCUCUUCUUACUAUCUAUCUUAACUAAUAGCAGUUACAAUCUGCGCGUAUUGUUUAGAAUGUUUGAUCAGGAUUUCAGUGAAAGUAUAGAAAGGCCUGAAUUUCUUCAGGUAAAAUCGUCUGCUUUACAAUGCUCUACUACCAUUCAGCGUCAUUUCUUCAAUAAAGAUGGUCUCGGAAAGCUUGCCUAUAAGGACUUUCUCAAAUUCAUCUUAGGACUGCAGACUGAGAUUCUGCGAGCAGAGUUUUAUCGCUCUAGCUGCGGGAACGACUCGAUUUCUCCACUGCAAAUGGCUCAGAUAAUCUUGCGGUAUGCCGAACUGCCAGAAAAGGUGAAAGAAAGGGGUCUUGAGCAUGUUGCGGAGAGCAUAAUGUUCGCAGAAGAUAGCAUCGAUUUUGAGUCCUACUGCUCAUUCUUCAACCUGCUCUUUCAAUUCGAAGAUCUUUAUUCGGCCCUUAAAAUGUACAUGCUCUCUAAUCGUCAAAUUUCUAGAGAAGAAUUUCAGCGAGCAGCCCGUGCAGUAAUUGGUAAACGGUUGAACGAUGUCAUUGUCAACACAGUCUUCUUGCUUUUCGACGCCGAUGGAGAUGGCCACCUAAGCGCCGAGGAGUUCAUCUCUGUCAUGCGAUCUUACCUCGCUCGUGGAACACGCGGUCGGGUAAGAAUAUUCUUACUGAUUGGGAAAUAUUUUAAGAAUUCCAAGAAUCUAAUUCAGCCUUUAUCACUCCGGUGA